UCCAAGCUCCAAGGAAUGGACAUUGUGCUAGCGCUCGCGCUGUGCUGCUGCCUAAUCUUGCUGCCAAGCUGUUCCUAUGGCCUCGGCUCCAUGGGAUCCAUCUCGGUGUCCUACGGCGAGGACGGCCCGGUGUUCUGCGGCCUCAGCUCCGACGGCUCCCACCUGGUCGCAUGCUCCGGCGCGGACGCCUCCGUCGUGUACGGUGCUCCCGUCAGGAUCCCCUUCCUCGGCCUCACAGCUGGGGACGGGUUCGCGUGCGGUCUCCUGCUUGACACCAGACAGCCUUACUGCUGGGGGAGCAACUCCUAUGUCAAGAUUGGGGUGCCGCAGCCCAUGGUCGAGGGCGCCAUGUACUCUGAGCUCAGUGCUGGGGACAACCACCUCUGUGCGCUGCGAAUGCCUGACAAGGGGACUCCUCGCGGUGCUACCCCUGAUACAUCACUCAUUGAUUGCUGGGGUUACAACAUGACUGCCACACAUGCUGUCGCCGGAGCCGUGUCGACCAUAUCGGCGGGUUCGGUGUUCAAUUGUGGCUUGUUUGCGCGGAACAGGACGGUGUUCUGCUGGGGUGAUGAAACGGUGAGUGGUGUGAUUGGGCUGGCGCCGAGUAAUGUGAAGUUCCAGUCCAUUGGAGCAGGCGGUUACCAUGUUUGUGGGGUGCUGGAGAAUGCGCAAGUCUUCUGCUGGGGAAGGAGCUUGGAGAUGCAGCAGGCGUCACCAAACGGUGCUAUCGGUGCAGGCGACGUGAGCAUAGUGCCGAUGGAUGCAAUGGUCUCUGUCGUCGGUGGGCGGUUCCAUGCUUGUGGCAUCAGGAGCCUUGAUCACCAAGUAGCUUGCUGGGGCUUCCAACUUCAGAACAGCACGGCAGCGCCCAAAGGUCUCAGGUUGUAUGCAAUAGUAGCUGGAGAUUACUUCACUUGUGGGGUGCCUGCUGAGACAUCGCUCAAGCCAAGGUGCUGGGGCAAUAGUGGGCCAUUGGCACUGCCAAUGGCGGUAUCCCCUGGGAUUUGUGUAUCUGAGGCAUGCAGCCCCGGGUACUAUGAGCAUGUGGAGCACGGUGAGGUUGGCGGCAGCAAGGUGUGCAAGCCUGGAAACUCUAGACUCUGUUUGCCAUGCAGUACUGGCUGCCCAGAUGACUCGUAUGAGUCAUCACCUUGCAAUGGCACGGCUGACCGUGUGUGCCAGUUUGAUUGCUCGAGUUGUGCCUCCGAUGAGUGCGCGUCAUUCUGCACAUCUCAGAAGCGGACCAAGAACCAUAAGUUCAUGGCUUUUCAGAUGCGCGUUUUUGUGGCAGAGAUUGCAUUUGCUAUCGUACUGGUUUUCACUGUGACUGCCAUUGCUUGUCUAUAUGUCCGGCACAAGCUUCGAGAUUGCCGAUGUUCAAAGAGCCAGCUGAGGAUGGUAAAGGGUACAACAUACUCUUUUCGAAAGGAUAAUACGAAAAUCCAACCUGACGUGGAAGAUCUGAAGAUCAGGAGAGCUCAAGAAUUUUCCUACGGAGAGUUAGAACAAGCAACCGGUGGCUUCUCGCAGGAUUCACAAGUCGGCAAAGGCAGCUUUUCAUGUGUAUUCAAGGGCAUCCUGAGAGAUGGGACAGUCGUUGCAGUGAAGCGUGCUAUAAAAGUAUCGGAUGCAAAGAAAAGCUCAAAGGAGUUCCAUACUGAACUUGACCUCCUCUCCAGGCUCAACCAUGCACAUUUGCUUGAUCUGCUUGGUUACUGUGAGGACGGCAGUGAGAGACUCUUGGUUUAUGAGUUCAUGGCUCAUGGAUCCCUGUACCAGCAUCUGCAUGGCAAGGAUUCAAACUUAAAGAAGCAACUGAAUUGGACCAGGCGGGUUACCAUUGCUGUCCAGGCUGCUCGGGGAAUCGAGUACUUGCAUGGUUAUGCUUGUCCACCCGUUAUUCACCGAGACAUUAAGUCCUCAAACAUAUUGAUUGAUGAGGAUCACAAUGCGCGUGUUGCCGACUUUGGUCUGUCUAUAAUGGGCCCUGUAGAUAGCGGCACUCCACUCUCUGAGCUGCCAGCAGGGACACUUGGCUACCUUGACCCUGAGUACUACCGUCUCCAUUACUUGACAACAAAGUCCGAUGUCUACAGCUUUGGAGUUGUUCUUCUGGAAAUCCUAAGUGGCAGGAAAGCCAUUGACAUGCAGCUUGAGGAAGGGAAUAUUGUUGAAUGGGCAGCCCCUUUGAUCAAAGCUGGGGACAUUUCUGGCAUCCUUGAUCCAGCCUUAUCUCCUCCCUCUGACCUGGAGGCUCUCAAGAAGAUCGCAGCUGUUGCAUGCAAGUGUGUCAGAAUGCGAGGCAAAGACCGGCCUUCCAUGGACAAGGUGACAACAUCUCUAGAGCGUGCACUUGCGCUCCUGAUGGGUAGCCCAUGCAUUGAGCAGCCCAUUCUGCCAACUGAAGUUGUUCUUGGGAGUAACCGAAUGAACAAGAAAGUAUCACAGAGGUCAUCUAACCAGUCAUGCUCAGAAAACGAGCUUGUUGACGGGGAUGACCAGCGGAUUGAGUACAGGGCACCAUCUUGGAUAACGUUUCCAAGUGUGACCUCAUCGCAAAGGAGGAAAUCAUCAGCAUCAGAAGCUGACCUGGAUGGUCGAACGACCACAGAUGGGAGGAAUGUCGGGAGCAGCAUAGGAGAUGGUCUGCGGUCACUGGAGGAAGAGAUCGGGCCAGCCUCACCGCAGGAGGACCUAUACUUGCAACACAACUUCUGAUGAAAUGCCAAGAUCAGCUGAAAACACGGAAACUGUCUGCCGUUUUAAGUUCAGACUUUGUGACCUGUUGCUUUGUGGAUCAAUUGUAACAGGCCAUUUGGAAGAGGGAGAUCUAGAUAUAGACUACUGGAGGCAUUUCUCUGUAGAUUGAUUUUAUUCCAUCUUAUUAUUGUCGGUGCUAUUUACGGGUGGAUGGUCACAGUUGACGAAUCCUCUUCUGUAGCUCGCAGAUCUGUGUAAGUGUGUAAUUCUCUUCCAUCGU